CGCUGUUACUAUCCAAUCAGAAACAGCUUCAGGCCGCAGGCCCCGCCCACUCGAGCACUGUAGUGAGUGACGCUGUGGUUCUGUGUUUACUCUCCGUUGGUCGCGUGUGUGCGGGAUUUACCUGCUCAGACGCUCCUGGAGCUCCGCUGAAGUUUAACACGUUACUGCUCAUGAUAACUCAGGAACUUGUGAGACAGAAGGUGCAGAAGAUUUUCACGACGGUUCAGGUUCGACCCAUGAACAGGAGAGAACGAGACUUAAAGACAAAUUGUGUUGUGGACAUGGAAGGAAAUCAGACCAUCCUGUACCCGGCCAAUGGAAACCUGGGAAAGGGCGACAGCAGAACAAUGCUGGGGUGCUGUUUAAUGCUGACCAGGGGAAAUCAUGAUGAGUCUGAUCACAGAGCCAUACGUUCCUACUUUGAGCGCUCCGAUCCGUUCUUCCACGAGCUGGAGAACCACAGUCUGAUCGGUGUGGCCAACAUCUUCCUGUCCUGUCUGCUGUACGAGGUCAAGCUGCAGCACGCAGUUCCCAUCAUCAACCAGAAGGGGGAGGUGGAGCGUCUGAGCGGAGAGCUAGAGGAGCAUGAGACGGGAGGCUCUGUCUGAGAUCAGUCCAGACGGCGAGACGCAACAACGCAAACUCACCUGCACGGUCAGAUAAAACAGGACAUCUCCAAUCAAACAUGCAACAUGUGACGCGUGGCUGCAAAAUGAGUCUAAUUUUUGAGCUACAGGUGAAAACCUGUCAGUUCAUUUCGCCCUCUUCUAGUGAUCCCAAUGCUCCAAAUAGUAAUUAAACAUCUGAAAAGAUCUUUAUUUGUACGUUUUCUGAUUCUUUUCAGAUUUGCUCAUUCUGACUCAUUUUGCCAGCACAGAAAAAAAAAUCAGGAUACUGAUGGAUUCACUUGAGUGCUUCAUUUCAUGAUUUUACAUACAGUAGGAAUAUGGGAUGGGUUUUGCUUGUGGAGAUUAAAAGAGCCAGACAGUUUUAUUCAGAAAUGAAUGUUUUAGUGUUAUAAUGGUGAGUUAGUUCUGUAUUUUCUGUUGGUGUGGUACCUUCACAUUGUUUAUUUCUUCUUCUGCUUCUGGAAUGAGUCAUUUAUGAUCAAAUUGUUAUUUGUAUAUUUAUUUUGCAGAUCAAAGUAAUGACAAAGAAUAAUAAUGUUGAAGAUUUUAUAUUGCAGUGGUGAGCUUAAUAAACUUAUUUUAUCAUA